CAAGCGGUGAAACGAUUGUCGACACCGCAUCGAUUACUGUUGAGUGGUAGUCCGAUGCAGAAUUCUUUGAAAGAACUAUGGUCUUUGUUCGAUUUCAUUCUGCCCGGCAAACUAGGCACUCUGCCUGUAUUUCUGGAACAUUGCGCGGCUCCCAUAACACGCGGCGGUUAUGCGAACGCUACACCGUUACAGGAAGCAACGGCCCUCCAAAUAGCCACUAUGUUGAAAAAUACUAUCACGCCAUACAUGCUUCGAAGAACAAAGACCGAUGUGAAACAUCAUCUUACCCUACCGGAGAAAAAUGAGCAGGUGUUAUUUUGCAGCUUAACGGAUGAGCAGAAGAAACUGUAUAAAAAGUAUCUGGGCUCCGAUGAUGUGUCCUUUGUUCUUCACGAGAGAAAUAAUCGGCAAGACAGUGGAAGAUACAGGGCGAGGUUUCUCAUUGCCUUGUCAGCAUUGAGAAAGAUAUGCAAUCAUCCGGACUUGUUUUUGUACACCAGAGAACAAGAUUCCGAUGAAGAUAUCGACUUGUCCGAAGAACACUUAGAGAAGUUCGGUUAUUGGAAACGUGCUGGAAAAAUGACCGUGGUUCGAUCUCUUCUGAAAAUCUGGCAGAAGCAAGGACACAGAGUGCUGCUUUUUACUCAGGGAAGACAGAUGAUGCACGUUUUGGAGUCUCUUUUGCAAAAUGAGAGGUAUACUUAUUUGAGAAUGGAUGGGACAACAGUAAUGUCUCAGCGGCAGCAAACAAUUCACAAAUUUAACAAUGACACAUCGUAUUUCGUGUUCCUGCUGACGACGCGCGUAGGAGGUCUGGGAGUAAAUCUGACUGGUGCAAAUCGAGUGAUUAUUUACGAUCCCGAUUGGAAUCCAGCAACGGACGCUCAAGCGAGAGAACGUGCGUGGAGAAUAGGCCAAAAUAAACAAGUCACUAUCUAUAGAUUAAUUACCGCUGGUACGAUAGAGGAAAAGAUGUACCACAGACAGAUUUUCAAGCUAUUGCUUUCAAACAAAGUUCUUGACGAUCCGCGCCAACGACGUCUAUUCAAAACGACGGAUCUGGUGGAGUUAUUCAAUCUAAACGAGCCGAUAGACGGCGAGUUUUCUGAAUCGGAUCGCUUAUUUAGAGAAUCUAAAUAUACACCUGUGUCCGGUGGCUUUUCUCUCAGUAAGAUCGAGGAGAUGAAAAAAUUAGCGUCGAUUCUCAGCAAGAAAAUAAGCGCCAAUGUAUCGAAACGCGAUGAAAAUGAAAAUGCAAACAGCACUUGCGAAAGAAAGUCCAACGAAGAAAACGAUAAUUCGAGUCACGUUCACGAAGCUCCCGCCGUGGAAAAUGAUUCGCUUGUGGACCAAAGCUUAUCUUCCGAUCAGAACAAUACACAAAAAACGCCGAGCAAACCUAAUGAAGAUUUCAAUACGAAUUCCGAUGCAACCAUUGAAAGAAAUAGCAAUAUAGAAAAUGAAAACACAUUAAAAAAAAACAAUUGUGAACAGGAUGUAAUUCCAGUGAGAUCUCCAAAUAACAGUUCUGUAGAAAAGCAGAAUAAUUUAAAUGACGAUAAAAUCAAGUCAUCGUCUACUCGUAAACACAAGAAGCACAAAAGAGACUCGCAUUCGGGCAAGACAAAUGUUUCCGCGAUCUUUGAGGGAGAACGUGUUUCUUGUCUGAUCGGUCGUCGCCUGGGACGUUCCGAUGAAAAAGAAGAAUCAGUUUCGACAGCAGACGAUGACUACGUCUUGAGAAAGCUAUUCGCCAAAUCAACUGUUAGCUCAGCCUUCAAACACGAAGCAGUGUUAUCGAAUGCGUGUCAUAAUAGUGGCAGUGAGAACGCAAUGCAACGUUUCGCACGUGAAUCGGCGCAAGAAAGUAUGGACUUCAUUCAUCAAUCGGGAAAACAUUGUUGGAGACCAGCGUAGGCUAAACAGUAUACAGUUUAUAGCGAUUUUGCAUAUUUAUUUAUUUUUCUACAAAAAGUUUAUAAAUGUAGGAUUAUAUCAUUCCCAUAUCUCAAAUGAUGAGCUGUGAAAAAAUUGCAACUAUACAAAAUAUGAAAUAAAAUUAAUUUUUUAUCUUUUA